AUGUUGCUCUACAAGACCACGCUCCUCCUUGGGGCCAGCCUCGUCGCAGCCUCGACCGUAGACACGCGCGCAAAUUGCGACGAAGGCCCGCAGCGAGUCUGCUACACCAACGCGACGCAGAACCUCCGCCCCGAAGACAUCAAGUACGUCGCCGACUACUUGCGCUACCUCGGCGACGCGGGCGCCGCCAAGUUCCUGGCCAUGCCCCAGGCGGCCGACUGCGCGGAGUGGACGCUUCCCGUGCCGUCGCACGGCGGGAGUGUUCUAGCACUGGCCAAGCACAUCAAUCCCCGAAUCACUUCAUCGGUCCUGUACGAAGAUCUGGCGGCUGCGGUAGCCGGAGGCGCGCCGGAAGGCAGCCAAGGGGACCUGCUGGGAUGCGGCAAGGAUGGUGGCCAGAUGGAGGCCAAGGUCAACUUGAAGAACCCGCUGUAUGAUAGUGACGGGUACAAGAAGAGUGGUGCAAGGCCAGAGGGCAUUUUGAUCAAGCUUGUUCAAGCCCCUCCGCCCAAGGUGUAG